AUCAGGGUUGAUUGUGGCCCAGUUUAUAUAAGGCACCAACGUCAUUUCACCUUUUCAUGCUGCAUGAACUAGUAUGGAGCAGAUCAGUGACCAUCUGUUCAGGCAUAAGAACUACAACUUUCUGGUCGGUCUUACAACUCCAGAGUACAUAGACUCUCUUGACAGCUUUGAAAUAAAAGACAGCGAUGUCUUCCUUGUGACUUAUCCAAAGUCAGGCACUGUAUGGGCUCAGCAGAUCAUCAUUUCCAUCCACGAACUGCAUGGGAAUCAGAAUAAAUAUUCAACCAACAUAGAGAGGAUGCCGUGGCUGGAGUACAAGACAGCUGAAUACACUCUUCUUCCCUCUCCACGGCUCUUCGCCUCGCAUCUCCCUGAACAUAUCAUGCCUCCAGGAGUGAAGGAGAAGAAGGCAAAAGUCAGUACUUUAUAGAAGCUGAAAUCUUCUUGAAGAAAGAGGCACUCUUAAAGUUUGAGAAAGUUAAAAGCAUUUUAUAACUUAUUGUUGC